ACCCCGAGGUAGUUGCCACGGCCCCAGCGCGGAGUCUGCUGAAGCGCAAGCCUUCAUCGACAGCAGUCAAGGCAUGGCGUGCAGCCACCGUGACACCGGCUACCGCAGCCUGGGGGUCGACGAGGACGAGGAAGAACUGCAUAAUGCGGAGCCUACCUUGACCUCGGAGACUGUAACCGGAGAGGAGGAGGCUACGCUGUCCGAACCUGAGCCCGGAGAAGCAGCAGCAGCAGACUACUUUGAUGCGGUCGGUCCCAACUUCUUGGAUGAAAACCGUGUAGGCGGCGGCGGUCUUGAGCCCCCGCAGCAGCAGGAGGACCUGGCCGCCCUGGCCGCUGAGGGGCCACAGAUGGUACCGAGAAACCUGCGCCGCAACCGUACGGUGUUCACCGUCUUGCAGCUGCGGGAGCUGGAGAGAACUUUCCAGCGCAAUCGUUACCCCGACGUGUUCGCGCGAGAGGUGAUUGCAAGACGCUUGAAUUUGCCUGAAGCCAUAGUGCAGGUUUGGUUUCAGAACAGAAGGGCCAAGUGGAGAAGACAACAGAGGGCACUGAUGUUCAGAAAUCUGAUCCCCAUUGCCUUGCGCCCCCAUGUGGGGAUAAUCUUGAAUGGGCCCUAUCAGGCAAUCCCUGUUAUAAGGCCUACAUGGAGAUGUGCUCCUGCAGUGCCACUUGCACCACCUGUACUACCCGGACCACCACCUCUGCCACCCAGGCUGCCACACGGGCCACCACCUCUGCCACCCGGGCCACCACCUCUGCCACCCGGGCCACCAUUUCUGCCACCCGGGAUGCCACCCAUGCCACCCGGGAUGCCACCCAUGCCACCUGGGAUGCCUUUGCCACCCCUACCACCUGUGCCUCCCUUUGCUGUGGCCCCUGUAGGUAUUGCAUGGGGCCCUGUCAUCAAUGGUCAUUUCUCAGGUCCCAUUUUCUGAAUAUGGUAUUCAUGAUAGUUAUUCCAUUGUAUUGUUCUGCCAGAUAGAAGUUGUUCACAGCACAUCAAAAGUAAUUCAUCAAAAUCCUGUUAGAUGAAUAAUUGGACAAAAUCAGUGCCUGUUGUUUCUGUUGUUUUUGGAGAGCAUGUUGUGUUUUCAAUAAAGAUACAAGUUAGCAAUA